GACAGUCAAGGGGGCAUGAGCUCGAAGAACUCGUCGAGGCGGGCCAAAAGGGUUAUCCCCGACACCGAGAAGGACGACAAGUACUGGGAAAAGAGGAAAAGGAACAACAUGGCCGCCAAGAAGUCACGUGAAAACAAACGGCUUGUUGAAAAUGAUAUAAGACAGAAGGUAACCAAUCAUUUUCUCGUUACUGGUAUUAACAAAAAAUAGUGUAGUCUUUGCUCAUAAAGCCAUACACAUUUUUGUUAAUUAAAAAGAUAAUAAUGACCCACAUACGAAUAAAUGCGAUAAUAAUUUGAAUGGGUUUUCUUUCACCAAAAGUAAGUUUGGACCAGGCAAACUUAAUACCACGAGUCCCUUUUGUUUGCCGUUGGUUGAAGUUGAAUUCGGCAAAUUAUUUUAACAUGGUGUAUUUUUCAAAACUAUUGUUAUUCCAUAUUAUUAUUUCAAACUUUUUUUGGUCAUCUUUUUUCAAGGUUAUGUAUCUGGAGGAGCAAAACGCUCUUCUGCGCAAGGAAAUAAUGAUAAUCAAG